AUAGAGUUUGAGAGAUGUUAGAGGAAGAAGAUAACAAGUGGAGAAGAGAAUGAGUUUGUUGUGCGAAAGACAAUGGUUAUCAUUGGGCGGAAUCUUGAUAUUUAUUAGAUCACUGCGGUGGAAUCUUGAUAUUUAUUAAAAAUCAACAGAUGAAUUCAUUAUGAUCCAUAAUCGGAAGAAAACAUGAAUUGCGGGGAUUUCGAGAGCCGUAGAGGAAUCCAUGUUCUUACAGCUUCCUUCACUCACCGUCCGACCUACCGUUCUCAUAUCAUAUUCAUACUCCAGUGUAAUGUCCUCAAAUUUUGCAUCUCAGUGAUGCACAAUAGUCAACACACUUCUCCAUUUUACCUUCAAUUCACUUGGAACAUCCCACCCCAUUUCAUCCAUUCCUUUGUUCCCAAUUUAAUCUUUCAGGUUGAAGAAUUUCUCUAGGUGUUCGUUUCUCCAUAUGGGUCAUCAAGUUCUGCAAUCUUUUAGUAAAAGGCGUGUGGAGUUUCGUUUAUGCAAUGUAUCAGGUUUCACCAACGAAUUACUGGAGAUUCACUCGGAUGAUCCAUCAUUGCACGUAUUGUUCAUUCCUGGAAAUCCAGGGAUUAUUUCAUUUUAUAAAGAUUUUGUCGAAUCACUGUAUCAGUUGCUUGGCGGUCAUGUGUCUAUAACAGCUAUUGGGCAUAUAUGUCAAACGAAGAAGGACUGGGAAGGUGGAAGGCUGUUUUCAUUACAAGAACAAAUUGAUCAUAAGGUUGAAUUUGUUAGACAGGAGUUACAGAAUAAAGACAUCCCCUUGAUACUGGUUGGACAUUCUGUAGGAUCGUAUAUCUCCAUUGAAUUGUUCCGCAGGUUCCAGGAUCGGGCGGUGUAUUGCAUUGGAUUGCAUCCAUUUAUGAUGGUGAACAAAGAAUCACGUCAGCAAUUUUUUAUCGAGAAACUUGCAAGGUCUCCACUGCUAUCAACUUUUUUUUCUUCUUUUGUUGCCUUGUUGGGUAUAUUACCAAUUCAAGCUUCAAGUUUUGUUGUGAGAAAAACUAUUGGGAAGUCAUGGUCCAGAACUGCUUGUGAGGCUGCUUGCUCUCAUUUGCUAAAGUACCAUAGCAUGCGAAAUGUGCUAUAUAUGGCAAUGACAGAGUUUGAGAAGUUUUCAGAAACACCAGAUUGGGCUUUUAUGAAGAAAGUGAGUCAGAAAUUAUCAUUUUUGUUCUGUAUGGAUGACCAUUGGGCUCCAAUGCAUGUGUAUGAGGAGAUUUUCAAGCAGGUCCCUGAAAUUGAUCUAUCAGUUGAAAGGGAGGGCUAUUCACAUGCAUUUUGCUGCUCUGAAGCUGCCUCAAUUUAUAUUGCUCAAUAUGUGGCUAGCUUGGUCAAGAAACAUCUCUCAGAUUAAAGGUCAGAUUUAUUCCUUCUUACUCCUUUGGAGAAUGCCUUUGUGUUUUCUAUGGGACUUUCUUAAUCUUUUAUACUAUUUUGCAUGUUUUUCAACAGUUUCUCUGUGCUUUUAUCCUUAUAUAAAGAACUCGUGUUGUUGACAAAAUAGAUGAAAAGGAAUAAUAACAGAAUCUUCUGAUGUCGAGCAUAAUGAGUCGAUGUGCCAUAUGUUGUGGUAUUGAGAAUCAAA